GCCUGCAGCAAGUUCAACAUCUGUUAGUGGUCGUGGUGGCCCAUCAAAGUCCAUUACACCAAGAUCAUCUGGAGGAACCACAAGUAGACAAAGGUUUGGCACUUUGGUAUUGCUUGGAAACACCAGAAAUCCGGGUAUUCAGACCUGCCAACACUUCCAAUUUUGUCGGAAUUAUAGAUUUUUUUACCCCUCAUUCUGACCUUCUGACAACCCCUCAAAAUUCAGAUUAUCCGAAUAUUAUCAUUUUUCAUCUGUCAUAAAAAUCCGAGAGGGACUAAAAAAAAAAAAAUAUGGGGUAAGACAGGGUGUGAUGCAUUUCGAUGAUGCCACUUCUUUUGUUUUUAUGAAGUGUCUACAUGUCUGGCGACCAGACGAAUAAGUUCUCAACCUUGUCACGUGAACGCUAAUAGUCUAGCAUAGUCUACGGUACUUCAUUUCAACAAAUUCAAGAUAGUAUGGACAUUUACAUUGAAAAAGAAAUACUAGAACCAUUGCUGGUAUAUAUAAUGAACAAAUGGUUAAAAAGUGAUAAUGCCCACCGGAUGAAUAUCUCCCGCACUAUUAGUCUGGUCGCUAGACAUUUAGACACUGAAUUGAUUUAUCGAAGCGAACCGCGAUUUCUAAAUCAUUCUUCAAUCAUCAACUGAUCCGAUAGUGGUUCAUCCUUUUAUGAGGCUAAAAAAGAAUUCAGUUGUGUUGUGAAUUUUUUUUUUGUUGAAGCCUUUCUUAAUUAAAUCGAAAGUGGUGGGUAAAAUGAUAUUAAUACUAAAAAAAACAAAAUCAGGGCAUCUACGACAUCCAUGUCUAAUUUCUUUGCUAAGGAAUUUGAUGAUUCAGUUAUCAGAUCAGAAGUUUUAUUUACCACCUUUCUUAUUGAAGGAAAUAUUUCUCUAGAUAACUCCGAUUGUUUUAAUGCCAGGGUCAAAGAGAGAUCUCUAGAAGAUUGUAAAGAAGAAUUACGAACAAUGAAAAAAGGGCAAGCAUGAGUUGAUAUUCUUUCUGACUUGCUUAUCUAAAAUCAAUUGCAAUGCUAACCUUCAGUUAUUAAUAACCUGUGUACAUAUGUAUAUAAAAUGGAUAUUUUGUUCUGCAUAUUAUAUCUGUAUAUAAACAGAGUCAUGUUUUCUUCUGUUCUGUGGACUCUUCAUAGAUAAUGGAGGUAACUUUAUAUUUCUUUACUUAAUAAAAAAGGCUUGUGCAUUAGUAUGUAACCUUAAACUUUAACAACCCCCCCUACAAAUUUUUUUCUGGCAGGUUGGCAGGCCUGGAUAUUGUAAUUUUGUUGUCAAAAUGGCAACCUCCACGUUUUAAUAUGCUGAGGGUAUCUUUGUUUUGCCUUUAUUGUCAAUUUUUAGCAUAAUAAUAAAUUCUACUUCCGCCAAUUCCUUCCGCCGACUUCUUGCUUGUUCUAUUGAGAAUUUAUGUAUUUUUCUUUCAAGGUUAAAAGUAGGUAUCACAAAACUCACUCAACACGGUCUGUGCAUAUUGAAAAUGACGCAAAAACUUUUGUUAUGGUCAUCUUACAAGCGCUUCUACGUUGACCUCGGAGUGAUGCAUUUUACCUCCCAGUUUUCUAAUUAUAAAUUGAUUUUGUAAUUGAUGACGUAAAUUAUUUUUCUUACCGUGAAGCACAUUGAACCUCCAUUUUUUGCUAUGUCAUUUUAACCAUUCGGUAAGCUGAAAAUACUUAAAUGCUUAUUUGUUAGCCAUUGCACCACAUUGAACCUAAACAAUGCUCUUUAGCAUCUUAAUUGGAUGGGGAAUAACUUUGAAAUGGUCCAUUUACCAUUUUCACUUUAAUACUAGCCCUUUCAGAUUGUCCUCACCCAAAAAAUAAAUUUUCCAUUUUAUUGUCUCUUUACCGGAAAAGAAAUUCGCUCCCGAUAACAAUCAAUAAGAUAGUUUUAAUAUUCCAUAAUCUUUAAAUAUAUCAGCUUAAAUUGUAAUUUUAGAAUUCAGAACUUUAAAAUAUAUAUAAAGUUUAAUUUAAGUUUGCUUCGGCCCACUAUUUCUAGACCAACAACUACAAUUUAGCUACAAUUUAUAGGCCCAGGCUAAGUCUAAUUUAAAUUAGUAUUUUUAAAUAUACAAAGGUAUUUAAUUUUUAAUAUACCCGUACUGAUUUCUAAUAAUAAUAAAAAUAAAUUAUGAAAUACAAAAGAAAUAACUUAAAAUAAGUUUUAAUAAUAAUUAGCACUAAACAUGAAUAAUAUUAAAAAGAAAUAAGAAAAUGUGUAUAUUCAGGAUUAUGAUUUAAUAAUAUGAUAAGAUGUUGUUUCUAGGCUUAUUUCAGGUAUAAGCAUAAGAGACAAUUUUAAUCUCUAUUAAAGAUUUCAGUGGUAUUCCUUCAAUCGGUCGAUAAUGAGGCAUGUUUCGAAAUAGAUUGCGAAGACAAAGUUUAUGAAGGAGAAAUUGUGGGAUUCAUCAACAAAACCAAGAAGUCUGUAGAAAAUGAUAUGCAGAACAUUCUUAUUACAUACCUGUUUACUCUUAUGAUUUUGGCGUACAAUAUACGAUUUCGAGAUGUCUCUUACGAUUGUACGCCAAGACCUGUCAAAACUACAAUUUAAGAGACUGGGUUGAAAAUAUCCACAUUCCAGUUGUUUUUUUCGUUAAAAAAAGAAAUAAAGUUCAUUUUCGGUUGUUAGUUUUAACUUACAUUUGCAUUCCACAUCCAGCGGGGAAUGAUUCGAGAAAUAAGAUUGGCUGGGUACCGUCUCUAAUUAUUAAAUUACAAUUGCCCUGAAAGGGGAGAGAGUAGUGUUGAUUUAGGAGAUUUUUUGGAGGUGGUUGUUUUCCAAAUAUUUAAUUCUAUACAAAUAAACACCCCAACAUUUUGGUAAUGACUUGGGGGGGGGGGGUGUUGUGUGUUAGUUAGUAUGUAUGUUAUUCAAAAACUUUACAAUAUUCAUCCAGAAACUAUGAAAGUCCAAAGUAGCUUAUUUAUAUCCCAAAUGCUGUACAAAUUAUCAUAAUUAUGUUGCCAUGUAUUUUCACAAAUGAAAUAGCUAGAUAUAGUCGGAUAGUACAAAGUAGUAGAGGUAUUACAGUAAUAUUUAGUCCACCAUAUGUUGAAUGUAUAUGUAUAUUUUGUUGGGCUACGCCAGUGGCUCUAAAAAAAUUUUUGCCCCGGCGCCUAUGCCAAAUUCAGGUUUGGAAAAAUUAUGAUAAUUUUGUAAUAUUUAUAUGAUGUGCACUCCCACCCUUGUGCGGACCAGUAAAAGGGCAAUUUUUAGCACAGCUUUUCUUUAUGAAGUAAAUGGGAUUUCAUAGUUUAAUUCGCUAUUAAGGCCCUAUCUAAAGACAAUUUUGGCACCUGUUGCUCUUCGCCCCAUUCUCAUGGACCUGCCCUAGGACAACAAGCCUCCAGGGCGAUGUAGUUUAUAUUCUGGAAUUCACUGGGCGCGUCGAACAGCCAGUAGAGAAAACCUUUGUCACAUUUAUUUUAGUAAUUAACAUAAUUAUAUAAAGAUUACUGGAUUUUUUUUUGGGGGGGGGGGGGGGGGGGCCGAAAGCUCAUGUGUGUACUCAAGGGGGGUUGUUAAAAAAGUGCGGGUAUAAAAGGAUUAGGUUUUUUUAAAAUAGAAAUUUUGACUUUUUGCAUACGCACUAUAUAGAUGGCUCCUCCUCACGUUUGUUUGCUUGGGUACUGUAUGACGUAAUUUUAUAACAAUUAUUUCUUACAGCUGAAUCGCUGUGAGAAAACUAGAGAAUGUAUUCUCAACUGGUCCACGCAGCAGUAUUAGAUUUUGACAUAUUUUAUAGGAUCUAAGGGGCCAUUUAGAUCUAUAAACAACUCUAUGAUUUUCACAAAACUACUCUAUUAUUUUCACAAAACUACUCUAUUAUUUUCACAAAACUACUCUAUUAUUUUCACAAAACUACUCUAUUAUUUUCAAUAACCCUUUUUUCCUUCACCCAAUUCACAAGUAACUUUAUUUUAACCAGUAUCUGACUGGGAUAAUGUGAUCUGCACGUUAACCUAAAUAUUAAUUGAUAUCUAUAGCAGAGCAAAACAAAGUGACACAGAUGGCAAUAUAUUCCCUAUUUUUUAGGCAAGCUUAACUCUAUCCGAGGCGUUAGAUGUUUAUAUACUGUAUUAUUAUUUAAUAUUAAGAUACUGUAUUUUACGAUUUUGUGACGAUAUUGUACGAUUUUAGGAGUUUGAGGGUAACAGGUCUGCCAUUACCUUUUGAAAUUUAAUCACAUACCAAUAUUGUUAUCUUGUAUUGUCGAAUGGUUGAUUUUUUUGUCGUUUUUAUUUAUAUUUUCAUGCAUUUAAUUUUAUUUUUAACAAGACUUGAACUUACCUUUUUUAAAUAUAAUACUUGAUUUAAAAUUUAACUUAAGCAUGUACUUAAUUUAAGUACAAUGAACAUGCUGUUAUAAUUAAAGUACAAUAAACAUGCUAUUAUUUUGUUUUUUCCUGCAUAAAUAAUAAUUUUUUCAAUUAUCCUGUUAACUUUUACUUAACAAACACUCAAGUAAAAUUAUCCAUUAUAAUUUAUAAGUCUUGAUGUUAUGUACAAUUUUUUGUUGUUCAUUGUGCUAAGCGUGUCUCCUGAAAAUUUGGUAGCAUUAUCUUUUAAAAUAAAAAAUUUGUGGGCAAAAAAUGGCACAAAUUUGGAAAGUCUGUCACAAGCUUUUACAGUUAAAUACACCAUACAAAGAAAAGUAAGGGGGCUUUAAAAGUUCACAAAAAAAAAUCAUAACUUCAUUUCUAUAGAAGAAAGAAAGAUGAAAUUGGUGUGUUUGCAAAGCUAAUAGCUAGCCCCUAUAAAAAUAUAUCAUUUAUGGCAAUAGGACAAUAAUUAACAUUUCUGUCAAAGUCCUAGUUAAAGCUUUGAAAAUUGAAGUUAAAAAUAGGAACAAUUUACUGAUCAAUAAUUUUAUUUGAAAAGUUUUCUUUAUUUAAUUUGUCACAUUCCAAAAUUCAUGUAUUUAGUUCAUAACCAGGCGUCAAACACAAAAAUCAAAAUGGUAACUUUAUUAGGCUAUGUAAUUUGUCAUCGAUGCGACCAUGCAUCGAUAGUGAUCUUUAAUUCAUUAAAUUGGAUAACCAGUAUAUAAAUGGGAAAUAUAACUAACAAAAUUUUUUUUGCGAUAAAUAAAAAAUGGUUCAUAACAUAAUAAUUAUUUUUGCCUUAUGAAAUGUCAGUGGUUUGAAUUUUCGGGAUGGUUGCCAUGGACAAAACAUUGAUAACCACUUGUCUAGGCCCAGUAAAAGUAUUAUAAAUAGAAUAAUAUAUAUAUUACGCUUCUAGUGUGACUCUGGACUGCUUCCAUUUCCGGCUGCUUCCUCUUCAGCGUAUUUGGUAUUGAGAGUAUAAUACAAAUAAUUCUAUAUGUUUGAAAGAAUGUAUGUUUCGAUAAUGAGUUCACUAGUGCGCAAAAUAUAAUUCCUGAUCACUACGCUAAAUGAUAAAUAUAUAUUUUUAAUAACUCAACUGUGUUUGGUGCGUAAUAUGUUCUUUUCAGAAAAUGAAAUCGUCUCAAUGUAAGUAUUGUGUAAAAAAUAUUCGGUUUAGAAGUGGUCGGGACAUAAGAAUGUUUAAUAAAGUUCAAGGGCGUGAAAUAAAAAGUGUGCAGUGAAGUAUCAUGGGGGAGUGUGUGUUGCAGAUAUUGGGAUUCUUAAAUGUGCGUUACUUGAGUUCAUGUUCUGUCAAUUAACUUUGGUAGAUGUGAAGUUCAGGCAUUCUGAAAAGACAAUACAAUAUUAUGCACCAGUCGCAGUUGUGUUAUUUUAAAAAAAAAUAUUAUUCACCGUAGUUAUGGAAAAUUAUAUUUUUCUCGCAGGGCCAGCUCAAGGCGGGUACGAUGCAUGAUCAUCACACAUGCGCAAGGCAAAUUUAAAGUUGCGUUUUCAUUCCAUUUUAAAAUCGAUUUUCACCGCAAACGCAAUCAUACAUUGAAAGUUUCAAGAGUGUAUUGUUUGCAUUUAGUUUUUGAAAGAAUAAUUUCAUUUAAAAUUUAGUAUUGUAAUUGAAAGUGUCUAGAGUUAUUAUUAACUCUUUCGCUACUGCAAGCCAGUUAGUUCACAUACCCUAUUGUUUUGUUUCUUGAAGAAAGUCCAAUCCACAAUUUAUAAGAUUAAUAAACUCUGCUUUCUUAAUAUCCGACUUUUGGUUCAUUCAUUUCAAACGAAAAUUUUCACCAAAAAGCAUGUUUUAUUGUUUAAAUUCUAUUUUUGUGAGACCUACAUUUUUUCUUAACUCUUCCCAUUAGACGCACUUUCUGGAACAAUAAUCCAAGAAUUAAUUAAAACAUUAUUAAAGAACAAUCAUAAUAACUGAUUCUUAAGUCAAAUAAAUGUUGAUUCUAACAAUACAUGUGGUUUUGUAAAACAAGAAAACUAACUUAAAAUAAAUGAAAUACUAUUUUUUUUUAAUAUCAUAUGGGACCAUAUGUUAUUUGUAUAAUUUUUUUCAAAUUGGACUAUCUAUAAUUAUAAAUUAUACAGAUAAAUUGUUACAUCACCAACCAACACUCAGCCAGCAGCUGGAGGCAUAUUUAUGCUUUUGAAACUUUAAAAAUUCUUUAUAAUAUAAUAAUAUAUAUUUAUAAAUUAUAUAUAUAUAAAUAUAUGUUAAAUAGUUCUACUGAAAAUUUAAAAGUAAUAUCUAAAGAAUAUUAUAUAUUUUGGGGAAAUUAAAAAAUAUUUAUUUAAACAAAUAAGUUCAAGUCAGCAUAUUUUAUAUAAGGAAAAUUAUAGAAAUUUAAAAAAAAUAGGGACUAUUAACAAUAACUAAAAUUAAACUUUGGGACUCAUUUAUUAAAGCUCAUAUUUCAUGUAAAUAUUAUAUUUUUAUCUCAUUUUUAAAAAAGUUAUAGAUUUAAAAACAGAAGCAAUAUACAGGUCACGAAGUGUGGAGGAAAACUCCAAAGUAAAAAAGUUGAUCUUGGUGUUUUUGUAAUAAUUUCUCUAGAAUCUUAUACAGCUGUAUGUUUUUUAUAUGUUAAAAAAUGUUUUGAAAUUUUCACCAAAGUGAAAGCACCAAAGGUGCUUACUGAUGGGACAAAAUAUACUGUUAAUAAUACACAGUGGUGAAUUACUUGUAAAAUUUCAAACCCACUUGUAAGCCCAAAUGAUUGAAUAUUGACCUUAUAUAUUAUAUGUUGAUGAAAUCACAUAAAUAUUUUAAACGUAUAUCACAAUUUUUAGCUAACACAUCUUUUACUCUUCAGAAAGCCAGCAGCCUCGAGUAGUGGUGGUGCAAGAAAAGCAGCUGGGAGCAGUGCUGGCAUGUGGAGAUUCUACACAGAGGACUCUCCAGGAAUCAAAGUG